GUGAUGCCAGAUUUAAUUCAUCGCAAUGCACCGGAGAUGUCGCAUCGUGCGUGACAACCGCUUGCAAGCCGGUGUAAUCAAAUGCAGCGCGUGCGGCCCGUUGGGACGGCUUGAUCGCGAGAUAAAGACUUUUUGACAGUUCGAGGGAACAAUGGAUGAUGAUUGCAACACGACGAUCAAGGACACGUUUCAGGAACCGCGCAAGAGGUUCUGGCUGAGAUCGAGGAAACGGCCCAAGAGCGACGCGAUGAGCGUCAGUUCGAUGGACAUAUCGAUCGACUCCGACACUGGAAAGAAGAAGAAGCGCCGCAGGAUCACGGAAGUCGCCAGCAGCAUAUUCUCUUCCUCCAGUGUGGCGAGUAAGCUAGGAAAUACUCUACACAGAUCCUUUAGUAUCCAACCGAACGCGUCGGAUUUGUCGAUAAUCGAGGACGAGGAUACUGAAACAUUAGGCAAAAAAUUGAAGAACGUUACUGAGAGUUGUAACAAUCUAGCGAUCAGAAGUUGGGUGUUGGACAUUGCACAGCUACACGGCAAGGAGCGGUUGAACAGCGUGCUGAGCCGGAGCCAGGUCAGGAGGCAGGAGGCAAUUUACGAGUUGUACUGUGGUGAGAAUGUACUACUGAAUGAUCUGUACAUAUCGAGGGACUUUUACUACGAACCUAUGUUGUCCACCGAAAUCUUCACGUCUGAGGAGUUGUUCACGCUCUUUGGCGACCUCACGAGUCUCAUCGAGAUACACAGUAGCUUGGCGGAUGAAUUGGUCAAGUUGCGCGACAGAUCCGGCUUCACGAAGACCGUGGGCCCAACAAUUUUAGCCUGGUUGUCGACAUUGAAAAAAACGUAUGUGGAAAGAUGCAGGACGUUGGUUUGGGCAAGGCACUUACUGGACGAGAAGAAAUACAGCAAUAAGAAGUUCCAGUCAUUUCUGAAGAAGCGCUUGGAGUCGCCGCAUUCGGUUGACCUGUGGACUUAUCUGGACGUCCCACGCUCAAGAAUCGUCAAGUAUCCUCUAUUGGUGAAGGAGAUCCUAAAGCACACUCCCACUACUGAUGCAGACUACUUGCCGCUGAAGGAGGCGAGCGACGUGCUGUCCGAUUUGUUGAAGAACAUCGAUCGCGUAAUGGGUGAUGCCGAGUGUAAGCUCGCGCAGUCAAAAAUAAACGUGAAGCUCGAGCACGAUCCUGAAGGGUGCGUCGCCAACGCCACAGAAUUGAUCACGGAAGGCCAGCUGAAGGAUAUGCGUGGGAUAAAGUAUCACUGCUUCCUCUUCGACACUUGCUUCGCCGUAGCCCGUCCCACCCGUCGCAUUAGCAAGAAGUACAAUCUGUUUACCCCCGUUGUCGCCCGAGAACAGAUAUGCGUGCAAGUGGAGGAUAAAGGUGGCGCAGAAAGUGGUUUCAAAGUCGGAGAACACUUUUUCGUAACGGAGGACGACCACAAGAAGAGACACUGGAUCGACUCGUUCAACAAGCUGCGUCCCACAGUGAGCAUCUCGAACAAAAUCUUCAGUGCCGAUGACAAGGAGAACUUGUCGAGCAACGCGGAGCUGUCGAAUGCUUACGUCACGAGGGCAUCCAUGUCCAGGAGAACCUCUACGAGCAGUAUAAACGACAGUCCCUUUUCCUUUUCCAUAAGGAAGACUCUGCUCAAGCAAAAGCGUAACAGUAUCAGCUACGUAUAGUGAGAACUCGCUCACAAUCUUGUCGACGAGACGCACUCCUGUUGUAUUAUACGUAAAUGGCGAAAUACUUGUAAUUAAUUAAUUAGUACAAAGAUUCGCGCGUCCCCCACUAGUACAACGAAAAGUAUCCUCAUUUAUCUCGCUUUGCGUGAUCUACAGUUGGAAAGUUUGAUGAUAACUGCAAAUCGUGAAGUAAAAAUAACCGUGAAAGCCGAAACGUCACGGCAACGUUAUAUUCUAAUAUAUUAACGAUAUUUGAGGGUCUGCUUUAUAAUUUUGUAUCGAUGCAAAGCGAUCAACGCGUCAUAACGAAUUAACAAUUUGUAUGUCUUGGAGAUUAGAGAUGUAACAUUCCAGAAGUAAGAGAUAUUAUUCGGCGUUUAGUUUAUUAAAGGAAGGGCAACUUUUACGCGUGUGCAUACGCACGUUGCUGGGAUAAAGCACAACUUAAGAACGAUGUAAUAUAUACACAUAUGUAUAUACAAAGGUCUAUUUCAAAAUACAUUUCACGAGAGAUCAGUC